AGUGGGUCAUAGCACUGAUAGCCCACUACGCGUCUGUCUUUUUCUUUUACACUUUAAACAUUCAUUCUGCCAUACAAAAAAUCAAAGAGAGAGGAGCACAGUUUUUCUUGUUAUACAUACACUUUCAUCUUCUUGCUUGUGAUUUCUCAUAAGCUACUAUUCUUCUUCUUCUUCCUACAAACAAACAAAGCAAGUAAUGGAGAGUUUUGUGUCAGAAACAGCCCUCUCAACUUGUGUGAAAGUGUUGUUAAACAAGAUUGUUUCUAGUGAGUUCAUGGACACCUACAGGAAGACGAAUCUUGACAUUCCACUCUUGGAAAAGCUCCAGACAGAACUGCUCAAUUUUGAAGUUGUACCUAAUGAUGAUGCUGUUAGCGUACAUGUAUGGUUGAACAGGCUCAAAAAUGCUGUCUCGAAUGUUAACUAUUUGUUUGGUUAUAUAAAGUAUGCGUUGCGCUGCAAACUUGAAGCACGGUAUGAAACAGUACUAACUUCUACUUCUCAGGUUCUGAAUGAUCUUUCUUCUCAACAUAGGAGCGUCAUUAAUAUAAUUAAAGAAUUAAAAGGCUUGAGAUCAGGAUGUGUAAGUGUUUCCAAUUCCAGCAGUGUUUUGCUUAAAACCUCAACAACUUCUGUUGUGGUUGAUGAAUCUUGUAUUUAUGGAAGAGACAAUGAUAUAAACAAACUUAAACAUCUUUUAUUGUCUAAUGACGGUGAUGAAUAUGAUAGUAAAAUAAGAGUUAUUUUCAUUGUCGGUAUGGCAGGGAUUGGUAAAUCAGCCCUUGCAAGAGUCCUUUACAAUGAUCCCCAAGUUAAGGAGAAAUUCAGGGUUAUGCCAAAACAUGAUUUUUAUGUUUUCAGGGAGUCAAAACAUUAUCACACUUUAUGGGUUUUGGAAAACAUUCUCGAAUCUCUUCCUUCACAAACAGUUAGUGGUGAUAACUUGAAUGCCGUUUACCCGCAUUUUUUGUUAGUAUUGGAUGACAUGAUAGAUACAAGGUCUGUAAAUUGGACAUUACUGAUGGAUAUCUUUAAUGCUGAGAAAACAAGAAGAACGAUCAUCAUCACAACACGAGAUGAAAGAGUUCCAAAAUCCAUGCAAAACUUUUCUUAUGUACACUAUAUGAGACCUCUGGAAAGUGAAGAUUGUUGGUCUAUAGUUGCCAGACAUGCACUUGGAGAAUGUAACAACCAGCAACGAUCCAAUCUAGAAGAAAUAGGCAGGAAAAUUGCAAUAAAAUGUGAUGGAUUACCAUUAGCUGCAGUAGCACUUGGGUAUGUUCUCCGCAAUGAAUUGUCCCUGGAUUACUGGAAUAAUGGGCUAAGACGUGACAUUUGGGAUUAUGUCCUGCAACCUUCGCUGCGAUUGAGCUACAAUUAUUUUUCAGUUCCUUUAAAACUGUGCUUUAAAUAUUGUUCAAUUUUUCCUAAGAAAUCCAUCUUAGAAAAAAAUGUGGUAGUUCAAUUGUGGAUUGCAGAAGGGUGGGUUGUAUCGUCCGCAGAUAAGGAAAAAGUCGGAGAAGAAUACUUUGAUGAACUAGUGUCAAGAUCAUGGAUACAUCGACAAUCUAUUGGCAAUGAGGAAGCAAACUUUGAAAUGCAUAGCCUCAUCCAUUACUUUGCUACAAUGGUUUCAUCUUCAUAUUGUACCAGGCUGGAUGAACAGAACUUACAUGAAAAGAUACGUCAUUUAUCAUACAAUAGAGGGCUAUAUGACUCAUUUAAUAAAUUUGAUAAAUUGUUUGGAGUAAAAGAUCUACACACCUUUCUGGCAUUACCAUUACAGAAACGACUGCCUUUUAGUUUGUUAUCGAACAAGGUAGUACAUGACUUGCUGCCAACAAUGAAACAAUUACGUGUGUUAUCUUUGUCAAACUACAGGAGUAUCACCGAGGUUCCCAACUCUAUUGAAAAAAUGUUAUACCUGCGGUACUUAAAUCUUUCCCACACUGAGAUUGAAAGGUUGCCUUCUGCAACAUGCAAGCUUUAUAAUCUGCAGUUCUUGUUGUUGGCUGGCUGUAGAAGGCUCAUUGAAUUGCCGGAGGACAUGGGGAAAUUGAUUAAUCUCCGUCACCUUGACGUUAGUGACACUGCAUUGAGUGAGAUGCCUGUACAAAUAGCCAAACUAGAAAAUCUCCAUAGUUUGUCGGACUUUAUUGUCAACAAGCAUAAUGAUGGAUUGAAGCUAGCGGAGCUGGGAAAAUUUCACAACCUACAUGGAAAACUUUCAAUCUCACAGCUACAAAAUGUUAACGACACAUUUGAAGCAGAUCAAGCCAAGAUUAAGAAGAAAAAACGAAUAAAAGAUUUAUCUUUAGAAUGGGAUCAUGGUACUUCUGUCCCAGAUUCACCAAUUCAAUGUGUUGUACUUCAACAUUUGCAACCCUCAACAAAUUUGAAAAGUCUCACCAUAAAAGGCUACGGUGGAAUCAGCUUUCCAAAUUGGUUGGGUGAUUUUUCAUUUACCAACCUGAUGUAUUUAAAGAUCUCGAAUUGUGAUGAUUGUUUAUGGCUUCCACCCCUUGGACAAUUGGGUAAUUUGAAAAAACUCAUUAUUGAAGGGAUGCAAUCAGUACAGACAAUUGGUACUGAGUUCUAUGGAAGUGACGGUUUUCCUUCAUUUCAACCAUUUCCCUCCUUGGAGACUCUACAUUUUGAGAAUAUGCAAGAGUGGGAGAAAUGGAACUUGAUUGGAGGUACAGCUAUAGAAUUUCCUUGUCUUAAAUCUUUGUCACUAAGUAAGUGCCCGAAACUGAGAGUAGGUAACAUACCUGCCAAAUUUCUUUCCUUAGUUGAAUUUGAGUUAAGAGAAUGCCCUCUAUUGGUGCAAUCAAUGCCAUCAUCGGAUCAUGUGUUCAGGCAACCAGUGUUCCCUCUAAAUUCUCUUCAACAGUUGACUAUAGACGUCUUUCCAUCUCCUAUGUCUUUCCCAACAGUCAGUCUACCAAAAACCUUGAAGUCUCUCAUAAUCAGUAACUGUGAUAAUCUAGAGUUCCUUCCUCACGAAUACUGGCACCAUUACACAUCGCUUGAAGAAUUGAAAAUAUCUUAUAGUUGUAAUUCAAUGAUAUCAUUUACCUUGGGCGCUCUCCCUGUCCUCAAGAGUUUGUUUAUUGAGGGUUGUAAAAAUUUGAAAUCGAUAUUAAUUGCAGAAGAUGGGUCGCAAAAGAGUCUCUCAUUUCUUAGAAGCAUCAAAAUAUGGGAUUGUAAUGAACUGGAGACAUUUCCUCCAGGCGGAUUGCACACUCCAAACCUCAUUCAUUUUGUAGUGUGGAAGUGUCAGAAGCUUCAGUCUCUACCAGAAGCAAUGAACACUCUAACCGACCUUCAAGAAAUGGAAAUUGAUGAUCUGCCAAAUCUUCAAUCUUUUGUCGUAGAUGAUUUGCCUAUCAGUUUGCGGGAACUGACUGUUGGCUCUGUUGGAGGGAUUAUGUGGAAUACCGAGCCAGCUUGGGAACAUCUCACUUGUCUUUCAGUGUUGCGAAUUAAUGGCAAUGCUACCGUGAACACGCUUAUGGUGCCAGUGCUACCUGCAUCGCUUGUUACACUAUGCAUCAGUGGUCUUAAUGAUAAAAGCAUUGAUGGGAAGUGGCUUCAACAUCUCACUUCUCUCCAAGACCUUGAGAUUGUUAAUGCUCCCAAGCUCAAGUCAUUGCCAAAAAAAGGAUUGCCUUCCUCUCUUUUGGUACUAAAUAUGACUCGCUGCCCAUUGCUCAAAGCAAGUUUAGGAAGGAAGCGAGGGAAAGAGUGGCGUAAGAUUGCUCACAUUCCCUCCAUAAUUAUCGAUGAUGAAUUGAUCACAUGAGUUUCCUAUCAUGAUCUAAAUUCUGUGUCACCCCUGAUUGUGCCCAAUCCUGCUGUUGUGAGAGGCCAAAUUUGCAUGCAUGAACUGGAACCAAAUCCAAUAAAUGUUGUACUGAUGAGGAACAGAUGAAAAGGAGAAAAUUGACUGCAAAUAUGUUAGAUCUGCCAGUGACUUCAACUGUGAUCGAUGGCUUGCACCAAGAUGGCAGCAGUGGUAUCUUAGGCAUAAAUUUCCUCUUCGAUUGGUUUUAAAAUUAUUCUUUUUUUCUAUGGGCAUCGUCCAACGCUCAUAUUUCAUUCCAAGUUUUUCAAAUAUUGCAAAAGAUAAUGUUCCAUUGUUAUGAAGUGAUUGGUAAAACAGUUCAAUUUCAAUCACAGUCUUGGUGUUGCUUAGCCGGUGAAAUGAGAUAUUGCAUUCUUUGGGGAUCAAUGCUGUUUGGUGAAAGUAUACGUGAUUUUGGCAUGUCCUGUGUUGGGAAGGAUCUUUCAAAAGAUGUUGCCCUAUUCCUACCAUCAAAGUUACUUUUUCCUCCACAAAUCUUAAUGAUGUUCAGGGAAUAUCCAGGCCUUCGUAGAGAGAUCCUUGACGGUGGCCAGAGCAUGUCAUCCUUUAUUUCACACAUUCAGAGAUAGAACAUUAAGGCAACUUAAUUGAAAAUGUACUCAAAUAUUCAUAGAUCUUAUAUACAUUUGUAAACGAAUAUGUCUUCUACAACUAAAUUGAGA